UUUUGUAAAUUCGAUUGGAUUUUUAUUUGAACCUUAAUUCAAAAAAUAAAUCCAUCAAUUAAAUAGAAUCGAACUGAAUAACUUUGACGAAUAGGUUCGUUCUUUGGUUUCAUUGAUUAGAAUGACGUCUCUAAUGGGUGGUAUUGUUUCCACACAGACAUAUAUACUAACAUGUUCUUGAUAAGAUUAACCAUGAAAGGGAUGUCCCAUGAUAUUUCCCACAUUCUUUUUAUUGAGGCUGAAUUCCGAUCACAUUUGUUUUGUUUUGAAUAAACUAUGGUUUCAUGGUUAAUUGAUUCCUGCUUUUCUUGCUAUAUUAGACAUGAUCAACUAUGAAUUGUAUUGUGUUUUCUCCUACUGUACCCAAGUGCUUUGCGUUUUUAUCAUCUGUUGUUCUUGUGUAGUAUAUAUAUUCUUAAAUUUUUAUCUAACAUAUAUGUGGCUAAGGCCAUUCAUGGGGCAACUUUUAUUUAGCACACCUCUGCUUUACAUUGGAUUGAGUUGCCAAUAAAUUGAUAUUCUUGCAUAAUAAAAACACAAAAGAAAAAUAUUAGUACUUCAAAGUAUGAUACAUGUCAAAAUCUGUAUCGUUUAAUUGUAUUGAAACGUAUAUUCUAUUGAAAUAAAUAAUAUUGAUUGAUUUCUAAAUGCUCGUGUUUUUUAUGUUUUUCUUUUCACUCACAUAAUUAUGUUAUUCAAAUAAUACGUAUAGCAGGAAAUAUAUUCACAAAAGGAAAAUUCAAAAAGUGAAAAUUUUGUAAAAUAGAAUAUUUGAUUAUUCACGUGAAAAUUCAAAAGUGAAAAUUUGAUUGUUCACGUGAUCAAGAAACAAUCUCAGAGAAAUAUAAGGGACCAAUUCUCCAAGUCAAAGGAGAAUAUCCCUAAUAAAUACAAAUUUAUUAACCAACAAAUCUACUAACGGCUACUAAAUAUCAAACAAACAAUAGUUAUAGCAAUUCCAAUUAAACAUCAUCAUAACUCUCUCGCCCCCUAUCUUCUUUCGGCAAUUUCUCAUGUAAGACACCACAAGUACUGCCAUGACAUUCAAUGGAUAAUUUAUUUUCCAAAGAAAUUAUUAUAGUCGUACAUAUAUGAUUAUAAUCAUAUUUUAUUUGCAGGGAUGGUGGUAAACAAUCAGGGAAGCAAAAACGCAAAUUCAACUGCAAUGACAAUUCGUAUGGGGAAACAAAUCAGAAGUCUGUGAAGGAUGUCAAGCUUUCAAAAAGCAUGGACCAUAUCACAAAAAUUAUGGAGUCGUACAACGAGAUGCAUAGAAAAAAAUGUCAAAAUUUUAUUAACGAAAAGGUAUGUUUUCCCCCCUAUUGAAUAUAUUAUUAAAGAAAAUAUUUAUAUGGUAAAGUUUAUUCAAAAUUAUCUUUAUGUGCUAAUACAGUUUGUUUAUGUGCUUACUUAGGUCCCGAAAUUCGAGCACAGAACCUCAAUUCCAAAGUUAUUAGACGUAAAUAAAACCCUGAAAAAGACUCAGAUAGAAUGUAUUGAGUCAAUGGGGUUUGGAUCAUUUGCUAGACUUCAACUGGAUCAUCUGGACAAAGGGAUACUGAGAUGGAUAGUAGAAAGAUACGAUCCAUAUAACAAUUGUCUCAACAUACGCCAUCAUUGUUAUUCAUUGGAUGAUAAAGAUAUUGAAAAUGCUUUCGGUGUACCUGCCACUGGUCAAACCAUUCUAUUGGACAACUUAUGCUCGGAUGGGUUGCAAAAAUAUGGAAACUUAUUCACACUUAUCGAUGGACGAGUAGACAUGAAAAGUUUAGUUGAAAGCCUUAAAGCAUGUGAUAAUACGGGUGAUGAAUUUAAGGUUAUGUAUAUGGCCUUGUUGUUUGGCACAGUAUUAUUUCCCAGUUGCCGUCAAAACUUACCGAUACAUUAUUUGAAUCCUUUGGUGGCGAUAAACAACAUUAAAGAACUUAAUUGGGCGAGCCUCAUUUUGGAAGUUCUAAGUGAUGGAAUUAGACAAUGGACAAAAAAAGAACAAACAUAUAUAUGUGGAUCUUUAUUAUUUCUUCAGGUAUAAUUUAAUUAGAUCAAAUGCAAUACGAUAAUUACAUUUACCACAUUGUGUUGUUGAAAUAAUAUAUUUAUUGGUGAUUUACAGGUCUUCUUUUUUGCGACUAUACGACCAAAAAUUUCACAGUGUACCAUCAACUUAACAUCCGAACGACCUUUCUUGGAAUUUGUAACGAGGCAAAGGGUCAGUUCUUUGAUGUCUGAUAUAUCAAAAAGUGGAGGAUAUUGGAGUGAGAAUGUAAUUACUCAAUAUAUGUUGUUCGAGUAUCUAUAAUUCUCAAACUCAGUUUAUAAUUCAAUUGUAAUCCAUUUUUCAGGCAUGCACCUUCGUUUUCAAGGAAAGUCCCACGCGUAGUCAGAGAAAUACUUUGUUUAAUGACGUGCAGCAUACAGGUAAAACAAAAGUUGAAACAAAUGUUAAAACAGAAGUCAAAACAAAAGUUAAAACAGAAGUGGGGGUUGCUGAAGUUGCUAGUGAACAUAGGGAUAGAGAUUUUCCGAGUGAUCUACAAAAGUUUAUGAGCAAACAAAAUGAGGAUAGGAGUACUGAGGGUUUCAAAGAGGAUGUGAUUAACCAUUCGCACGACACACGUCAAAGAGAGAAAGUGCAUGAUAACUUUCACACAGGAACCAAAUUAUCGUUAUUAAGUGCACAAGUAACGGGGCAUGAUAAACGAAUAACUGGUAGCGAGAAUCAAAUAGCUCAAUUAAUCAGUAUUAUGGAUAAUUUCUCGAACCGACUUGCAAGCGUAGACCAAGGUGGAUAUCAAACAGUCAACCAGGAAUUAGGAAAUAAGAUUGUCGCUAUGCUUCAGAAUUUAGAGGCCACUCUUCCGCAACUAAUACGAGAUGCAUUGGACGAAGUCAUGUUUAAGACAAAUAAGCAACAAAAAUCAUUAAACGUCAAUAUCGAAAGUCCAAACAUGGUCGAAUCUGUUUUUGAAAUGACUAAAAACAAUACAAUCGACCUUACUUCAUAUGAUGCUGAACAACCAGUUGCAGCGAAACAAGAAGAAGCCCCAAUCAGCCCAGAAGAACAUGAAGAUGUCAUAAUUGACUACUUGUUUAAUCCAAACUUGGAUCAAAGAAUGUCGGUAAUAAAGUUUGAAGCAAUUGGAUGUAAUAGGAACGACCUAUUGUGCUUGAAGCCUGAGACAUUCUUAAACGGGACUGUGAUAGAUUGUGUGGCACAUAUGCUCACACAAAAGGCCAAAGAAAAUUUCGCGGAGAAUAAGUUGUUCCUGCCAGCACAAUUUGCUCAACUUUGCUUGGCCGGAAAAACAAUAAUUAAUGACGACAAGAUCAUACCGUUCCUGCGAUAUUUGACAAAUGAAGUGGAGGAUGAUUGUCAGAUAUAUUUGCCAAUUAAUGAUCACAAGGGGCAUUGGUUCCUUGGUAUUGUCGAUUUAGAGAUGAAACAUGUCCUUAUUUGUGAUACACUUCUAUCAGAUGCAACAAAGGACUACAGAAGAAAUUUAUUGUAUGAAGUGAUUACUCGGAUGGAGUGUUUGUUCGAAAAAUUGAUGCCAUGCAAAUACCGUAUAAAGAGCAUACAAGAUAAAUUUGAAUGCGAUUACCCAACAUGGGUUCCUAAACAACCGAAUUUCUAUGAUUGCGGAGUGUAUGUUUGUAUGAUGAUGAUGUUUGAUAGAGGAAUACAACAACUAUCAGAGAGUCAAUCUGUUGUUGUCCGAGAACGAAUUGCCGUUGCUAUGUAUAAAUGGAAGAAUAAUAAAUUUGCUUGGCCGAGAUAAGAUGUGUUGUGCACAGUGACGAACAUACAAUGAUGUUUGGAUUAAAAUAGCUUGAUAACAAUAUUGGUGGUUUUCUUAUUAUGCUAGUAUUUAGUUGAUAUAUAAUAAUGUGGUUAUUGGUUGACACUGUCAUUGCUAUUACGGAGUAGGUUGCAACUUAUAAUUUUCGAACAAGUUAUAAGUUUUUUUUUCUGCAUUUCUUUUAGCUAUUGAUAGAUAAUUUUCAAACUAGAACUUAUAAU